AUGCUUAAUUAAUAAAGACAACCAAUCAUUUAAUCUGAUGACUUUAAAUCAUUUUUGGGUAGUUAAUGGUUUAAGAUUAAUUAUUUGAGUUAAACUCAAUCAAUUGAAUGCUCAAAUGAUUUUGUAAAUUAUGAUGAAAGCGAAAAAGAAAAAAUAUAAAUUGACCAGGAACAAUUAGCUAAGUUCUAAACAUCUAACUAGAAAAUAAUGAUACUCAAAUUCUUCAUUUAUGGAUACCAUAUCACUUAUAUCGAAAAAUAACAAUUUCAUUAUAAUUUCUUCAAAAAGUUUAUCCAGACUAUUGAUAAAAUAGAAAAAAAAAACAUAGAAAACUUGUAACAAAUCAUAGGAGAGCCCCAACAUCCAAUUUGCAAGUUAAUUUUACUUGAAUCCAUUUUUAUGCUUCUUCAUCAAUCAACUAUAUUAUUAGAAACGAAAGAGUAAAAUCAUUUAGAAGAAUGUGAAGAAGACUAUAAUACUCUUACUGAAAGCAAAUUAUAUUAUAAAUAUGCUUAUAUACAUUUGGUUGAAUAAUUAAAAGGUGUUUUGUUUAAAUGCUACAAUGAAGGAAUAAUCUUGAUAACAAUAUUUACUAAUUAAUUAUUUUUGAGUGAUGAUCUUUUUGAAAAGAUACCUCAAAGCCAUAUAAAUAAAAUUCGGUAUUAUGAUACUAAGUUUAUAAUUGAAUUGAUGAAAGAAUUUCUUGAUUGUUCUGAUUAAUCAAUCUAUGUUACUAGAUAAUAGAUAAAGCAAACGUUUCAAAAUAAUUAUGAAAAUUAAGGUAGAUUAUCAAAUAAAAUAUUUUAUAAUUUAGAAAGAUUAGAUGAUUAAAUCAUAUUAAGCCUUUAAGCUAUAAGAAUUUGGUUGAAUUCUAAGAACCAAACCGUCUUUUAGUAAAUAAGAUAGUUUUUAAUAAAUAAAUUUUAGAAUUCUAAUUUUAAUUUUGAGUAUGCUUAAGAAACCAUCGAUUUAUCUUUUGAAUUACUAAGUAAACUAUAUUAGUAUAUUAGGUUAUAUUUAAAAUUCAGCAUUUAUUAGUGGUAUUAAUUAUUCUGAAUAAUUAUUAGAAGAACUCAUAUUUAUUUUUCAUAGUAUAUGGAGUUCUUUAGAAUAAUAAACUUUUGAUUAACUCUAUGAUUAAAAAACAGAAUUUUGGUUAAAUUAUAUUCAUAAACUAAAUUUACUAUUGAAUCCUUUAACUCCUGUAUUAAAAGAAUCAAAUGAUAUUAAAGGAUGUGCAGGUCUAUAUCUUAUUUUACAUGACCAUCUUAAUAUUAAGAAAUAUAUACAAUCUACUACAAUCUUAUUUCAUUUUAUAGAUCAACUUUACCCAUUAGAAUAGAGUUUAAUUAAAUCAUAAAGUCAAUUGAUAUAGAAUUUAAUUAAAUCAUCCAUAGAGUGUAUUGUGGAUUAGAGUCUUUAAGAAAAUGAAGGAAUAAUGUAAACGAUAGAGAAAGUCUUAAAACAAGUUCAAUUUAUUAAUCCUAAAUUCAAAUAAAAGAUCUUUCAGUUUAUAUGGACUAAAAUGAUACCAGAAAAUUAGUUUUAUUUAUAAAUAUUGCAAAUGGUUGUUAGUUUAUAUUUGGAGAAUGAAGAUUAGUAAUUGGGGACAAGAAAUAGCUUUUUUAUUUCAAUUUUAGAUAUGGAGAGUCGAAAGAAAAUUGUUCAUCCAUAGAAAUUCCAUGCUCUUCUUUAAAUUUGUUAAUAUCUUUGUCUGGAAUAAGCUCCUAUAAAGAUUGAAUAAAUAUUUUCUUAGCAAGAUUCUAAUGCUAAUUGUGAAUUUUUAAAGUAAUAUAAAAUAAAGAGAAGCUUCUAAGAAUUCUUUUAAGUAAAUAAUUAUUAUAAUUUAAUUAUAAAUGUUAUUUCUGGAAUAAAUAAUACAACUAAUUUAGUAUAUCAAUUAAAAGAGUUUAUUAAAUUAUUAUGGUUAUUAACUGAAGAGCUUAAAUUAUGUUAGAUUGAUUUUGCUGAUGAGUUUGUUACAUUCUUAGAAUAAAAGUUGUACUUAUUUUCAGAUGAUUAAAUGAGAGAACUAAUUGAACUUCUUUUUGAUUGUUCAGUUUCUAUGAUAAGUAGAUAUAUUAGAUUAAAGAAUGCAACUAAUACGGCUGAGUAAUAUGGAGAAUUGAUAAUAUAAAAUGAAUUUUGUUUAAAGGUAAAUUAUAUAUCAUAAUAUUUUAGGUACUUGUUGAAACUUUCUUAUUUAACACAACUCCUUCAGAAUAAUUAAGACUUAAAUGUCUAUAAUUUUUAGGUAUAUUAAUUUCAAUGAAUGAUUAUAACAAAAUGAUAUUUAGAGAGGCAAUUAGAUUAUCAGUAUACAAUCUUUUUUAUAUUUAGAAUUUUUUAUUGUGUAUGAGAAAUUAAAAAAAUAAGAGUUUAUAAAAAUCAAUGGAAGAAGUCUUAAAAAGAUCUUUGUCAUUUAUAAGAAAUGAUUAAAUUUAAAAAUUAAUUUAAAAUGCCCCAAAAGAAUCGUAAAAAAAUAAAGUAUUUAAACAAUCUGCAUUUUCAUAAUAUGUAGGUACAACUUUAGAAAAUCUUUCAAAUAGUGGAUCUGAAACAAAAUUUAAAAGAUAAUUUUAAUUAUUAGGAAAAGAUAGUGGAAUUAUAAUAAAGAAUUACAAAGAUUUAUGUAUAAAUAAAUAAUGGAAAUCUUUUUCAAUUUUAAUUGAAUUUAAAAGAGAAGGUUUUUAUUUCAUAAAUUCAAAUGCAAAAUCAUUAGAUGAAAUAUAUAAAAAAGAAUAGGUUUUAUUUGCAUAUAGUGGUCACUUAGAGAGACAAGAAAAAUAAGAUAAAGGAAAUCCUUAAACAACAUCUUAAAAAUAAAAUAUUCAUUAAGUAGAUUUAAUCUAAGUUUCAUUAAUUAAUUAAUAAUUAUUAAAAUAAGAAGAAGAACAAUAAUAUUUUAAUCACCUUGAUAAUCUCAUAAAAGUUUCAAUUCUCAAUUCAGAAUAAUAAACAUCUGAAUUUUAACUCACUUAUACCUAAUAGUCAAAGGAUGAGACAAUAUUGAUAUUGUUUAUGUAUGAUGAAAGACAAAAAGGAAAAUUUACAAUUAAUAUUUAAAAUUAAGUUAAAAAGUCUUUUUAGAUCAAACCAUUUUUACAAGAAUAUAUUAAAAAGCAUUCUGAAAAACAUCAUCUUAGUGUGCAUAUAGGAUCAUAUUAUUCAAAUUAAUAAUUUUAAAAAACUUUUUAAGGAAUUAUAAAUAAUUUUAUUCUUAUUUAAAAUAUAUUACUAGAAAAAUAAAUUGAAGCAAUAUUUUCAAGAAAUUAAAACAAUUUAGUGGAAGUAGUUGAAAAAGAAACCAUGAAUUUUGGAGUUGAUGAAAUCUAAAGUAUAAUAUCUAAUUUAAAUCAUUAGGCAGGGAAAUGCAAUACUUAGAUUUUGAAAAAUUUAAGACCAGUUUUUAAAUUGUUGAAAUUAAAGAUGUUUUGAAGAUUAUAAGAGCUUAAAAUAUACAGGAUUAAAAUUUCAUAAUGACAAUGAUUAAGAAAUAAAUAAAUCAUAAAAUUAGCUAUGAAUUAAAUUAAGAAGCAAGAGUGAUUUAUCAAGGGGCAAAUAUUAUUGAAGAUGCAAGUUUGGCUGAAGUUUUUUUAAGUCUAGAAAAUAUUGAAAUCAUACUCUUUAUAAUAUCAAUUACUACUUAAACUUAUUUUGAUAUAGAACCAUAAGAAAGAAGAUCAUGUAAGAUAAGAAGUGUUAAAGUUGUUUUAUAAAAUGGAUCUACUACAAGUAAAGGAGUAUAUAAAAGAACUAAUUAUUUUGAUUCUUUAUAAAGAUCAAUAUUUUUUGUAAAAGACUUAAAUAAAUGCAGAGAUGAUUAUGUUAACUAUUAAUAAUUUCAACAUAAUUUAAAUAGAUAAAAUAGUUCUUUAAUUUCAAUAGGAGAAUCUCCAGGACAGUAAAGAUAAAAUUUUAUUUAACUGGAAUCUGAUCGAUCAAAUUCUAAUUCAAAUACUAAUUCAAUAAAAUUAGCAACAUAAAAUUAAAUUGUUCCAUAAGGAAACUUCGAUUUAAUAGAUUAGACAUCUUUAUUCAAUAUUCCUAUUAUAUAGGUACAAACAACGUUCUCUUAAGAAUUAUAAUCUCCUUUUGUAAUUAAAUCAAAUGAUUCUGAUUAAAAGUAGAAUUAACCUGCUCCUAAUAUAUCACAUUUUGAGAGACCUUAAUUAAAUUCUUAAAAUGAGAAAUUUACAGUUGAAUAGUUUAAUUUAGAUAGAAAGGUUAAAUCUUAAUUCACUGGAAGAAAAAAUACAAGAAAUCUUACUUGUUAAAUAUCAGCUAAGAAUGCAUAAUAAAUAACUAAGAAUCUUUAAAAUAUGGCUGAAAUAUAGAGUGAUAAAAAUAUCGAUUUGCAUUAAUAAGAGACUGAGUCAAAUAUAUUUGAUUCCAAUUCUUAUCAUUGUGAAUGGAUUAGAGUAAAGAUGUAAAUAUUUGGAGAAUUAAAAAUAUUAGAAAAAGGCAAGAUUGUUUAAUUUUAGAGUGAGGGUUAAGAACGACCAGAUAAAGAACUUUUUACUUAUGGAACAAUAGUAUUAUAAUAAAUAAUAUUAUUAGCCUUAUAAUUUAAAAAAAGUAAAGAAAAAAAAAACAAUAAGUACUUCAUAAAUUAUAGAAAUUCAAACUAGGAGAUACUCCCAUAAAGAAAUUGCUAUUGAAAUGUUUUGUAAAAACUCUAAGUCUUAUUUUUUUGUUUUAUAUGAUUAAGAUAGAAGGGCAUAAUUUUUAAAUUAGAUAAAAAUAAGUAAUUUUAUAAACAUUGUGAUAGACAAAAGAGCAGGUAAUAAUAUGAAUUAAUAUAUAUAUUAGAAUUUUAAGCAAAAGAGUAUACAAAGAAAUGGAUAAAAGGAAAAUUGUCAAAUUUCGAAUAUCUAAUGUUAAUCAAUAAAUAUUCUGGAAGAUCUUUUAAUGAUUUAAAUUAAUAUCCAAUAUUUCCUUGGAUUAUUAGUGAUUAUAAAAGCAAGACUAUAGAUUUGGUAAUUAAGAUUAAUUAUUAUAAUAGAACAAUAAAGAAAUAUAUAGAGAUUUAGAAAAGAUGAUAAGUUCAUAGAAUAAAGAGAGACUAGAAAAUUGUAAGAUAAGAGCCGAAUCUUUAAAAUCAACUUUAAAUGAAUAUUUUUUAUUUGGAUCUCAUUAUAGCGUAGCUGCUUAAAUCAUUAACACUUUAGUGAGAAUAGAACCAUUUACUACAUUAUGUUGUGAAUUACAAGACGGAAAAUUAGAUUAACCAGAUAGACUAUUUUUUUCUAUUCCAAAUAUUUGGGAAUCAUGUUAAAAUGAUAAUUAAGAUUAUAGAGAAUUAAUUCCUGAAUAUUUUUUUCUACCAGAAUUUUUGAAGAAUAUUAAUAAAAUAUAAUUUGGAUAAAAAUAAAAUUAAGAAUUAGUUGAUGAUGUUGUAUUACCUCCUUGGGCAUCUAGUAAUGAAGAAUUUAUUGAAAUAAAUAGAUAAGCUCUUGAAUCAAAUUAUGUAAAUGAGAAAUUACAUUGUUGGAUUAAUUUAGUUUUUGGAGUUUAUGCAUAUGGGGAAGAAGCAAGAAAAAAGGAUAAUUUAUAUCAUUGGCUUACAUAUGAUUCUUGUUUAACUUAUAUAGAUAAAUUACCAAAGGAAGAGAAAAUGGGAUAUUUAGCUUAAAUAUAAUAAUUUGGUUAGGUUCCAUUUUAACUGUUUACUAAACCACAUUGGUAAAAAUAAAAAUGGGAUUUAAAUUUAUUUUCACCUUUAAAUUUAAUUAAACUUUUAAGCGAAAAAAAAUCCAAAAAUAGUAAAAGAAUUAUGAAAUUUGAUAAAAAAUUUGCUAUAAAAAUAUAUAAAGAAAAUGAAAUUUUAUAUGUUCUUCUUAAUAAUAAAUAAGUUUACAAAUUAAAGUAUUAAUCUUUAUUUAUAUUUUAGAUUGAAUAGUAAUUAAGAGAAAAGAGAUAGUGAAGAGAAAUUAGGAAACUCUUCAAUAUUUUCUAUAAGAGGAAAUGAGAAACUUCAAUCAAAAGGAUUGUAAUAUUAAUUUGAUGAUCAUUUCUUGUUUGUUUGUGGAUAUUUAAGUGGAGCAGUCUAUAUUUAUAAUUUAUUCUCAGAUAAAAGUUAAUAAGCUUAAAUUAAUCAUAAAAUAAAACUACAUAAAAAAAGAGUAACUUGUUUAUCAUAUUCCCCAAAAUUAAAAAUUUUAUGUUUAGGAGCAAAGGAUAAUAGAGUAACUAUUUGGAAAGCCAGUCAUUCUUCUGAAAAAUAGAUAUACUUUUCCUCGACUCCAUCAUUAAUAUUAUAUGGUCAUGAUAAAACAAUAAAAUGCGUUCAUAUUGAUGAUACAUUAUAAGUAGUAGUAAGUGUAGAUAAAAGUGGAAAGUUAUAAAUUCAUUCUAUUAUUACUGGAUUAUUCUUGAAUGAUAUAAAGAUUGAUUUAAUAAAUGGUGAGAAAGUAUAAAAUAUUGUAACAAAUGGAAAUGGAUUAAUAGUAUUAUAUACUAAUCGUAAUUAAAUUAUAGCAACCAAGUAUUUUGAAUAAUUAUUAAAUUACUAGAGUAAAUGGUUUGAAUAUUUAGAGAUAUUCAUACAAUAAUAUUGGUAAUAUAUCUUAGAUAAGUUCAUAUUAACAAUCGCAUUUAAUGUUAUCAACUCUAAAAGGUGAGAUACUGAUUGUUUAGAAUAUUGCUAGCUUAACUGAAUAGCCCCCUAUUAUAUUCCAUUUGUAUCAAAAUACAGAAAACAUUGGUAUUGUAACAUUUACUUAAUGUAAUAUAAAUAUAUCUAUUUAAAUAAAUAGUUAUGGAGAAUGAAUCUUUGAUUUUACUAAUAAGUUUAAUUGAUGGGUCAUUAUAUCGAUAUGUCAUAAGUUGCGAAUAAAGUAAAUUUUUUAUUAAUCUGCGUUUUUAGUAGUUGAAUUUUUCCAUUAAUUGGUAAAAUUGGGAGUGUGAGG